UUUGCGUUUUGCUGUGCGUUAGGAGUCGCAGUCACAGCAGUCGCGCCUGUCGCAGUGGAAGUUGCCAUCGCUGCCGAGCGACAAGGACGACGACUUUAGCCGCGCGCCCGGAUCGGUGGCCAAGUCGGGAGCGGCCGGCGGAAAUUCGUCGCCCAACGCACUCAAUCCGCUGCUCAGUCAGCCUGACACUACAUGGUCGGUAGGCCGUAGCAGUGACACCGGGUGGCCGGACAGCAGUAGUAACCACCACGACGGGGGCGGCGACAAGGACUGGCCUGGGGCGGUGACGGGGGUGGGCAGCAGCCAAUCAGCAGCCGCCUCCUUCACCGACCUGGUGCCCGAAUUUGAGCCGGGCAAGCCGUGGAAGGGCAACCAGAUGAAGUCCAUUGAAGACGAUCCCACCAUCACACCCGGAUCGCUGCAGCAGGCUAGUGCUGUGCUCACGCCCAAGGGUAAUUCAGUGGUGACCUCGGUGGCGGACGACAUGUUUGGCCGCGGAGGCGGUGGAGGCGGCAAGGUGUCGCCACCCCCGGGGCCAAUGACCGCUGACAUGCCACCUAUUCCAUCGCUCUCUCUCUCCUCCUCCACGUGGAGUUUCCAGCCUACCUCGCAGUCCUCCUUCAAUAGUCCAUUGUCGAAGAUGAGUAUGUCCGGAGGCGGUGUAGGCAUGAAGACCAGCAGCCAGGGAGUUGGCUGGGGCGGCGGAGACCCUCACGGAGGCGGCGCCGACAUGUGGAAGAGUAGACAGGGAGGCGGUGGAGGUGGACCGCCCCCGGGCCUGAGCAAGACACUGCCUCCGACUGCAGCGCCCUCCAACGGUUGGGGCUCGCUCAGCGGACGAUGGGGUCCCCCUCAACACACCACUUGGGGCCAACCGCCACCUGCUCAUGCUCUCUGGCUUCUGCUUAAGAAUCUCACGCCGCAGAUUGACGGCUCGACACUGAAGACUUUGUGCGUGCAGCAUGGUCCACUGCAGAGCUUCCAUAUGUACUUGCCUCACGGAAUAGCCUUUGCCAAGUAUAGCACAAGAGAGGAGGCCACCAAGGCGCAAAACGCAUUGAACAACUGCGUGCUGGGUAAUACGACAAUAUUUGCGGACGUGCAGCCGGAACGUGAGAUUGUGGCGUUGCUGAAUCAGCUGGGCAACAGUGGGGGCGGCGGAGGCGGCAACAGCCAGGCGGGGUCGGCGGCCGGAGACGGCAAUUCUCCGUGGUCGUCCUCAAGGCAGCCGCAGCCCAAACAGGUGGUGGAUACAUGGGGAAGCGGAAGCCAGCUUUGGGGAGGUGGAGGCGGAGGCGGCACGUCCUCCUCGCUGUGGGGGGCGGCCCUCGACUCUGACCGCUCCACUCCUUCCACAGCCUCCCUCAACUCAUUCUUGCCCCCUGACCUCCUGGGCGGCGAGUCUAUGUGAAUACCAUCGGAGGCAGCUGAUAAGUCGUCAUCUUAUUAUUGACAUUAUGUUUAACUUUAUGAUUUCGUCGGUCAGUCUAUGCCACUAGUAAGGGCUGCACCAAUAUCCAAUUUUUGUUGAACGUAGCCUUGGUCAUCUUGUAAAGUUUUUCUUGAACGUAACAUUGGUCAUCUUGUAAAGUUUUUCUUGAACGUAACCUUGAAAGUGUUGAAGGACUCUGAUUUGUUAGCUCAAGAUGCUGAUCUUCAUUAGUAAAUCUUAACUCUGAUGUAUGAUUGAUUAUCAUGAAAAGUUUAUCAUCAUCAUGAUAUGUUUGCUUGAAAAAUUGGAGAAGUAGAAAAUAACUUUAUAAAGUAGCUUCUUCAUAAAGUAACCGUUUCAUAAAGUAACCGUUUCAUAAAGUAACCUUUUCAUAAAAUAACCGUUUCAUAAAGUAACUUGUUCAAAAAAGUAGAACAGGUCAAAUUGCGAUUCAAGUUCGAUGAUAUCUGACAAAGUUUAAGUUUUCAUAAAGUAACCUUUUCAUAAAAUAACCGUUUCAUAAAGUAACUUGUUCAAAAAAGUAGAACAGGUCAAAUUGCGAUUCAAGUUCGAUAAUAUCUUACAAAGUUUAAGUCUAUUUAUCGUGUUGACAAUGUGUGAUUGAUUUUAGUUGAGUCUAUAUUUCAGUAUUAGAUUUAGACACGACGAAGGUUUCUCGUUCAUUCCGUUGACAUUGUUUGAGUUUGACCAAUUUUAGUUGUGUCUCGAAUUGAAAUCGUGAUUUGAUUUGAGGUUAGUUUUUGUUGUGAGCUCUUUACUAGUGGCAUAGAUGUUUCAACCUUCCCCUACCCUUACCCCUACCACCUACCACCUAUCCGUCGUCAGUGUUCUUGUGUAUUAUUUUUAAAUAUUAUUCCUGAUCUCAUUAUUAAUGUAAUUAACAGUAAGUUGGCGGUGUGAGCCCGUGAGCUGUGCACCCGCUCUUUUAAACUGUAGUGUCCGAUUUUUAGUGGGAAUGCGAGUGAGAGGGUAGUGUUGGGUGUUUUCUAUCUCUCUCUCUCUCUUGCUAUUCACCCAGUAUUUGCCUCUCACUCGCGCCCCUCCCCCCUCCCAACCAUUAUCAUCUUCCACUGAUUUAUUUUAUUCUGUGUGAACGGUACACUGAAAUUGUCCAGUGUAUUUAGUAGUAGAAUGAAUAUUGACAAUUCAUUCGAAUAUUAUAUUAUACUGAUUACCUUUCUCGCUUUUAAAGUGAUGGAAUUUCAAAUUUUAUUUUGCCAUUAUUUAUUAGAAUAUUAUGAUUAUUGUACUAUUAUAAUUAUUAUUAUUACUAUUACUUUGAAGGAACUCGCCCAAAAAAAUGAAAAAGUAUAUUGAAAAAAAAUGUAGAAAAAUGGGUUCCUAAACCAACAAAGCUACAAUCAGACUGUUUGUCAAAAGUAUUUGAAAAUUUAAACAUAUAAAUUUAUUUAAUAAUUAUAUUUAAGUAAAGAAAUAUUUUAUAUUUAUAUACUAUACAUGUAUGUAGAUUGAUUGAUGAGAACGAUGACGAAAUUCAAUAUAUAUAUCUUGAAAGAAAAUAUAUAUAUUAUUCAGAAUAAUGUCAAAUUGUCAUUUAAUGGUAAAGAAUAUUAUACAGUUCAUUUAUUAUAAUUAUCAACUUGAUAUUGUCUAUUAUAAAGUAGAGCAUCGAUUCUUGAGUUAGUGUGUGUGUGUGUGGAUGUGAGUGAGUGUGGGUGAAUGUUUGUAUUUAUAUUUGAAAAUCAACUUCUACAAUGACGUGUGUUCAUAAUUGCAAAUACAUACAAUAGAUGGAUUGCUAAAUGUAUUCACUGAAAUAGGCUGAUAAUUAAUAAUAAUAAUAAUAAUUGAUAAUUGAAACUAGUGUAGGUGUGGCUCGAUGCACACUCCAUGUCAGAUAGAAACGUGUCGUUGAUAAUAUAAUAUUGAUAGUAUAAUUAUUAUUACAAUGAUGAAGGGGAAUAACUUUUCUUUCGUUGAGUAGUAAAACUUGUGCUGUGAAUUGUGUGUGGCUUUUAUAGGUGUUUGUCAUUUUUAUUUAAGACCAAAUUUUUAUUGUAAAGCUACUGAUACCUCCAACUAUAUAAUUAUUACGAUGAAGUUGCACAAGAUUCAACGCGAUAAUGUAUAGCUAUAAUAUAUUUUUGCUCCUGGUGUGCGAGUGUGUAACCGUUAUUGAUGAGAGUAACAGUUACCGGGAACUGUGACAGGACUUGUUGAUGCAGCUCUGUUGAUCUGAAAUCUUUGGUGAAACCAUUUUGAAGUGCAAGUGAUUAGUUAGGGUGGGGGUGGUCAACCUCCCUUCCUCUCUGUCUAAUCUGCCCCUCCUGCUGUUGAAUUGAAUUAUCAAAAGUCUUCCCAAAUGAAAUUCUAGCGAAGAAUGUUUUAAAUGUUGCCCGAUGGUUUCAUCAACGAAUUUCACACGACGCGCUUUCUAAAACAAGUUGAUGUGUGGGUGUGUGUGUGUAUAAAUAAUGGUUUAAUCAAUAAGAUAAUAUAAUCAAUAUGAUGUGAUUUCAUUUGUGCAUUACUAUCUUUCACUUUGUCAAUGUAUUUAACAUGAUAAUUAAUGCUUAGGAAAAUUCAAGAAACUAACUGUAAGAUUUGAAACUAUUCAUUAUGCCAAUUUUAAUUGAAAACUAAAAGGUUUAUAGUCUUGUGAACUGUCUAGUUUUUAAGAAGAGUUUAUUAAUGUUUAGCUAGUUUAUAAGAAAUAUAUAUCGAAUGACGAUUUAAUUUAUUAUCAAUAGUAUACUUUGAGUUGAUGAAUUUACUGUUGUCUAUUAAUCUGAUGCUGAUUGAUUACUACUGGUUGAUAGUUAGGGACUAGGCUAGUUUAUGUUUUAGGAUAAGUUGAAAAAGGACAGACAGUUGGAAUGGUGAUGAAAAGAAGAGAGUGGGAGAAAGAACAGCUGUCCCGUCAGCCAAUUUGUACCAAAAAUUAAUUGUUAGGAAAACAUCUGUUUUAUUCUCUGGUGCUAGGGGUGAAGGGGUUAAAUAACCUGCCGUUAUGACUGUACCUUGAAACAUCAUAUAAUGUGAAACCUCUCCCCCCCUACCCACCCCACUAUCGUUGUGUGUGCACGGAUGAAUUAAACGAUGUUGAAUCAAAUUCUUGGUGAAUUUGAUGAUUAGUCAUAGUUUUUUGGUCACGUAAAUUUUAAGUGAUAGCAUUAAGCGUUAGUUGUUUGUAAUAAUCAAGAAUUAGGCAUUAAGUGAACCAAGUUAGGAAUGUGUGUGUGUGUGUGCGGAUGUGAGGUAGAUUUGUAAGUUUUACUAAAAUUGGAUUACAUUAUAGGCUAUUGUACGUAUGAUAUUAUAAAUACUGAUGAUAUAAGAUGUCCAGUGCACGUCCACAGGGCGGCGUGUUAAUUUAAUGUGAUAAAAACUCAAAUGUUACAUUUCAUUAACUUUAUUUUAUAAAGAAAAAGAUACAAGAUGAAGGCUGUUCAAUAUGUAUAUCUCAUACUAAAAAUAAUACUGUGUAUGUAUAUUGUAUCUCAGCGUAAUAUUUGAUUAGAAAUGGCUGUUGAAAUAAUUAUUAUUCCUAUUGCAAAGUUUGUUUUCGUUUCUUAUUUUUUUUAAUUUGUUCAAUUUUACACAGAAGUGUAUCGCUAAUUGUUUAAUUUUGACUACUAAGUACUUGUUUUCCAAUCAAAUGACAAAAAAUAUCGAAAAAAAUGCUUUUCAAACAGUAUAUAUAUAAUUAUGUAGAGUAUUGAAACGAAUCAAAAAUUUCUGCUAAAGUAGUAUGUAAACAAUAAUUGAUCGUCAGUUGCCUCAGUGAAGAAAACAUGCAAUAUUUUUUACCAAAAACUUACGAUGAAUAUUAAUAAUAAUAAUGAGUAAUUAAUUGUCAAGUGUAGCCUAGUUGUUUGUUCGCGCGCAUGCGCAUAACUGUUUUUUACGUUUGGUCUGAAAGUGUCUGUUGAUGAUUAUGAUGAUGAUUGAGAUAAAUAAGAAGAAAUGCAUACCUCUGUGAUCUCCCCCACUCUUAUCUCUUGUCAUCUUAAACGUAUUAUCAAAUAAUAAGCAUAAUAAUUAGUAAGCAUAUAAUAAUAUUCGAAAGCCAUCCUUUUUUGUUUUUUAAAUUAUUAAUGUAAACCACACGAUCUUACAAUCAGAUUGGACUGAGUGUUAUAAUAAUAAUCUACAUAUUAUCAUUAAUAUAUCUAUGAAUAUCAUGAGGAGCAAUCUACUAUAUCAAUGUGCUCGAUUUUAAUCUUUUGAGAAAAUUCAAGUAUUAAUGGUUUUUUUGUAUGUGGAACAGUCCGCGCAAGCUUUACUAGGAAGAUUCCAAAUUUGAUUUUUGUGAUCAAGAAUGUAUUUUUUUGUUUUAAUUUUGUAUUGCAUUUCACAAUAUUUUAUCUUUUUAUUUUAAAACGGCCCCCACGUAAAUCACUGUUUUGAACAAAAACGUUGGGAGUUGCUUUAAGCAAAUAUUCUCUAUUAGCCCACCAAUAAUCAUCUACUUAAAAUUUGAAGGAUUCAAAUACUUUUCGUUUUGUUUUCAGUUUUAUUUUAUUUUAAAUUGUGUUGUGAGUGAAAUUUUCAAAAUAGCAAUGUUAAGUGCCAAUGUUGAGUAGAAAUUAAUGUACAAACCCGUAAAUUUAUAUCACACAACCAGUCCAUAAAAUUUAAAGAUUCAAAUUUGAAGCGCGGAGGUGGCAUACAGUGUUGACCACCAUAUUAUUGAAUUUUAAAUUCAAUUUAAGUUGAAACACCACAGUUGAAUUUUUAGUUUGAAUUUUCCUCUCUUCUGAAUGCAAUGUAAAAGUGCCACUCGUAUAUUAUAAUAUACAAACUAUUAUUAAACAUUACUUUUAGCACAUGAAUAAAAACUACUAUAGGACUUAUUAUUAGAUAUUAAUUUUUAAUUGUUGUCUCAUUGAAAAUCUAUCUAUUGUGUGUUGUAGUAGUGGAACGUUUCUUAUUUUUCUAAAAGUUGAAGCAAAGUUUUGUAGAGAUUUCUUGAACAUUUUUGUAGGUUACUAUCUAAGCCAAGACUGGAAGAUUGAGAGCAGACAAUGUUACUAUAUCUAUAUCUGUCAACCGUUUUGUGUUAUUGUUAUCAAUUAUUUAGCUUUUUAUUUAUUAUAAUAGGUUUUUGAAACUGUAUUAAACUUUUUUCGUAAACUGAGUUGUAACCUUUUUAUUUGUUCAUUCUCUUACUUGACCUGGGUUUGAUUCCAGGUUAGGCCUGGCAUUUUUAUUUUUUCUACCACCCUUGCACAAGCCUAAGGCCCGCACACAUACAUCGGUGUUUGUUCGUACGAUAUUUAGCCGUCUUUAUGAAUUCUAUCAGAUUGAACAGAGCUUGACUAACAUCAUCUGUUUAAUCUAAUAGAAUUUAUAAGGACGGUAAAAUACCGAACGAAAAAAAAACGAUGUGUGUGUAGCUAGCCUAAAGCUUUUUUUGGGUUGAAUUAAAUGCUGCUCUAAAAUUUUCUUUUCCUCUUGAUUUUGUAUCAUUUCAAACAAUUGCUUCUAAUCGAACUUCCUAAGUGAACAGUUUUGACAAAUUUUUAGAGCUUGAAAGCUCUAAAUUGUAUUCAAAACAAAAAUCGAAGUCGAUUCUUUUACUAAGUUUUAAUUCUGGAAAAACUUCAUUCUGAUGGAAUAUUUUUAUUCUUCUUUGAAAAGACCAACCCAGUAAUUCUUAUUAGUUAAUUACUGUAAUUAAACUAUUUAUUUUGAGAACUUGGUUUGUUCAAAAUUAUUAUUUAUCGAUUAGUUGGGAUGGAUGUAGCUAUUUGUCUGCUUCAGUCUGUACAGCACACAAUAUCAUCCAAAAAGCAUCAAUGUUGAAAGUGUUUAAAUUUAAACUCUCUAGGGAAGUAACUUAAAUUUCUGAUAAAUUAUCAAAAAUUGAUGAAACUGGAACGAAGACGCAAUAUGUAUUAUUUGACCAACAAUGUGUACUCUGUGAUCCCAUGAUGUGUUCUUUGUUGUGUGUGAUUAUAACGAGUGCUGUGUAGUAGUAAAAUAUUGUAAAAAAAUUGAACAAUUUAUAAAAAAAAAACGAUCAGUUUCGAUUGAAGUUACACAAAAAGAAACGAAAAAACAAGUAGAAAUAAUUUAAGAUACAUUGCUUGCCUCCCCGCGCUCAUAUUACAUCAAUAGUAGUUUGAAGAUUUAAAAAAGUUUGUGUAAAACUGCAAUCUAUCUCUGUCGUCCGUCGAAAACUGCAUUAUGCAGUUGUAUGCAUUCCAAGCGAAUGCAGUUUAGGUGCAUUUAAAUCAGCGCUACAACCAUUCAAGGCGGAAAAACAAAAAGCUCAAUCCUAUUGUUAAACUUACUCUACUAUCUUGUCAAUCAUUAUUAUCAGUGUAGGCCUACGAACAGUUUUAAGGUAUUGUGUGUAAAGUUUCUUCGUCCUAUCUCUCUUCAAUAUUCUUUAGAUUAGCCUCUUAGAGAUUGUUUUGAUCUGACCUAACUCUUCUAAAGACUGUUGAUCAUUUCGUAAGGUAUUGUAGGAUGUCGUUUCUCUCUCUCUCAAACAACUACUGGAUCUUAUCUUUCUUCUCUUUCCAAAAACAUAGUUUAGCCGAGUAUAUUGCAGCAAUUAUUCACGUAGCGUUACAGCAAUAUUUAUUGUGAUAAAAUUCCGAAAGUACGUGUAUCUGCUCACCCGUCUAUACAAGUACGUGAUCAGUCCCCGCCCAUAACGAAUCAAUUUUUUUGGGAGAAUAAUGUAUAUUUUCGUGUGUAAUAAUGUCUAAAUUUCUAUUGUGUCUAUGCCGCCGAGGUGAAAAUAUCAAUACUAGGAAUACAUAGUAUAUGUUUUUAUAAAUAUAAACACCACACCCUCUACCAAUCAGUGUAAGAAACUGCAGGGUUUCUUUUAAUAUUCUGCAAAAAAUAUCUCAAGAUGGCAAUGAUUUUUGAAAACUAUGGAUGCGCUAAAAUUGUGAUUAUACGUGUGUGUAUUUGUAGUAGAAGUUCAUUCGUUAUCUGUAGGUAAAGUCGUGUUUUUUUAGAAUAAAAUACAAUUUUUGCCGCUGAUUGUAAUAAUUAUUGUAGUUGACAAAAUGAAUUAUUGUAAUAUCAAACCCCGUUUUUGUAGAAGACAGAUGAUGAUAACACCACAUUUAAAAUAAUAUUGAACAGGAUGUUUGUAGUAGUAUUUUGAGAUGUGCAUUUACAGUGUAUUAAAUGUUGUAAAGUCUGAAU